CACACACACAGAAAGAGAUGGAAGAUAAACAAAGAGAGUUGGAAGGAGAAGAGAAAGAAGAAGAACAUGCCAAACUGGAAAUCUGGAAAUAUGUGUUCGGGUUUGUCGAAAUCGCGGUGGUAAAAUGUGCCAUUGAGCUUGGAAUAGCUGAUGCAAUUGAAAGCCAUGGCAGCCCCAUGACACUCCUAGAGCUAUCAUCUGCUCUAAGAUGUGAUCCUUCUCCCCUUUACCGCAUCUUGAGGGUCCUAGUCCACCUCAAAAUAUUCAAAGAAAAACCAGCAACCCAAUUAGGCCCCAAAGUUUAUGCACAAACACCUUUGUCCAAACGGCUAUUGAAAUCCGGAGAAAACAGCAUGGCUGCUUUCAUUUUGCUAGAGAGUAGCCCGGUAAUGCUGGCACCAUGGCAUGGCCUCAGUGCCCGAAUCCAAGGUGUUAGCAACCCGGCAUUCGAGGCAGUACAUGGAGAGGAUGUGUGGAGCUAUGCCGCGGCAAAUCCUAAUCACAGCAAGCUCAUCAAUGAAGCAAUGGCUUGUGAUGCAAGGGUGGCUGUGCCUGCUGUGCUUGAAAGCUGUUUAGAGGUGUUCAAAGGGCUCGAGACAAUUGUAGAUGUGGGUGGGGGUGACGGGACUACUUUGCGCUUGUUGGUCGAGGCGUGCCCUUGGAUUCGAGGCGUCAAUUUUGAUCUUCCUCAUGUUGUGUCUGUUGCUCAAGAGUGUGAUCGCAUUGAGAAUGUUGGGGGUGACAUGUUUGAUUGUGUUCCAAAGGCUGAUGCUGCAAUUAUCAUGUGGGUUCUUCAUGACUGGGGAGACGAUGAGUGCAUCCGUAUCCUUAAGAAGUGCAGGGAAGCUAUUCCGGAGGACAAAGGGAAGGUGAUAAUAGUAGAAGCUGUAAUUGAAGAAGACAGCGAAAAACUAGACAAGAAGCUAACAGAUGUGAGAUUGAUGUUAGAUAUGGUGAUGAUGGCCCAUACAAACACAGGCAAAGAAAGGACCAUUAAGGAAUGGGGAUAUGUUCUUGGUGAGGCUGGCUUUAGCCGACACACUAUCACUCCCAUUCAUGUUGUCCAAUCUGUUAUCCAAGCUUUUCCUUAAAUUUAUCGAACAAAGUUAAAUUAAGAAUGUGGAUUUGUAUUCUCAAAUUAGUGUUUUAUUGUAUUGCUCAGCUCUUAAAAUUGCAAUAAAAUGUGUGCAAUGUAUUGUGGCU